GCAAAUCUGGACAAUAAGAGGUCGUGAAAGUGUCCAUCCAGUCAUUAGUUCUUGUUUUAGGUCGCAAAGAAGUACGGCAUACAACGAACUCCAAAUUAAGUUGGUUUAAUUUACAGUAAAAAUGCUUCUUAAACUCGUUUACAUAAUACCGAUAAUGUCACAAUUUGUCGCUACGGGUACUUCCACGAACAAAAUUGAGCCCACACUUCAGCACAAGUUCAAAACUUUAAGCCCAAAAACGACCUUUAAUGUCCUGAUAUCCUUCAAUGUCUCGGCAUCCCACGUUUUAAAGACAUUCGCCACGAAAUCCUUCCCCGACCGAGGUUCGCGUAUCACAGCGAUUGUCAAAUCACUCAAAUCCCACGCCACACAACAGCAAGAGGAAUUAAUUAAACUCUUGAUUGCGAAAAAAAUAAAAUAUACCGUCUUCUGGAGUACGAACCAGGUUUACGUCCUCGACGCGAAUAGUACUCUGACCCAUGAGAUUGCCCUGCUCUCAUCCGUGACACGAAUUAAGGAAAGCAAGAAAGUUAAAGUGCCAAGUCUUCCGGUACGAGUAUCUCAAUCUCCCCAAGGGGAAACUCGAGCUGACUGGAACAUAGACGAAAUUUCGGCCCCGGAAGCAUGGGAAUUACCCGGAGGCAAUAAUGGAACAGGUGUCCGCAUUGGAGUCAUCGCCAGUGGAGCCCUCGCAUCCCACGUCAUCCUGAGGGACCGAUAUGUUGGCGACCGAUAUGGUUGGUUUGAUGCGUUGGAUGCAGCAUCACAAACUCCAAUAGAUGAACGAGGUUUCGGCACCCACUUUUUAGGAACAAUCGUCGGCGGGAACGGCAUCGGCGUAGCGCCAGGAGCGUCAUGGAUGGCGUGUCGAGCGUUUAAUAGCGAUACGAUAAGCGAAGCUGAUCUUAUUGCGUGCGGUCAGUGGAUGUGCUGCCCAACUUUGGCUGAUGGUAGUGAGGCAGAUUGUGACCAAGCGCCACACGUCGUGCUCGGCAUGUGGUUUCGUGGCCGUCAAGACGAUGACUUUUACGACGAAACCAUAAAUUACUGGCAUGUGGCGAAUAUUAUUCCAGUGUUUGGCGUUGGGGACAUGAUUCCUAUUCCGGACGAAGUAUGUGGAACUGUGGUAUCACCGGCGGAUUCCGUUGCUGAUGUGAUCGCCGUUGGAGCAACGUCACUUACUUCGAAUUUACUUGCCCCAUUUUCAAGUAGAGGCGACAACUCUCAACUAAACUUAGUAAAACCGGAUCUUGUCGCCCCGGGGGUCAAUAUACGGUCGGCUUUCACAAAUCGGGGCGAUGUUGGGUAUGCGUUCCUAGAUUCGACGCUAUCUGCAGCAGCUCAUGUAGCGGGAGUGGUGGCCUUGAUGAAGGGAUACAAUCCAGAUAUUAGAUUUGCUCAGGUUUUAUCCAGUUUAACUUCGAAUUGUCGCACGGUGUAUAAUUGGGAUACGGGGAGAAAUUGCGGGAAUUUUGUAGAAACUGCAUUUCCGAACAAUGCUUAUGGGUACGGCACAGUUAAUGCAAGGGAUGUGAUGAAUGCGCUGAUUCCGCCGAUCAUUUCUACAAUUCCACCUACGAUAAGCACGGAUGCAUCAAGUUCAGUAUCAACUACGGAGGAGUCAAGUUCAGUACCAACUACGGAGGAGUCAAGUUCAGUACCAACUAACGAUGGGUCAAGUUCCGUACCAACUACGGAGGAAUCAAGUUCAGUACCAACUACCGAUGGGUCAAGUUCCGUACCAACUACGGAGGAAUCAAGUUCAGUACCAACUACCGAGGAGUCAAGUUCAGUAUCAACUACGGAGGAGUCAAGUUCAGUACCAACCACGGAGGAGUCAAGUUCAGUACCAACUACCGAGGAGUCAAGUUCAGUACCAACUACGGAGGAGUCAAGUUCAGUACCAACUACCGAGGAGUCAAGUUCAGUACCAACUACCGAGGAGUCAAGUUCAGUACCAACUACGGAGGAGUCAAGUUCAGUACCAACUACGGAGGAGUCAAGUUCAGUACCAACUACCGAGGAGUCAAGUUCAGUACCAACUACGGAGGAGUCAAGUUCAGUAUCAACUACGGAGGAGUCAAGUUCAGUACCAACUAACGAUGGGUCAAGUUCCGUACCAACUACGGAGGAAUCAAGUUCAGUACCAACUACCGAUGGGUCAAGUUCCGUACCAACUACGGAGGAAUCAAGUUCAGUACCAACUACCGAGGAGUCAAGUUCAGUACCAACUACUGAGGAGUCAAGUUCAGUACCAACUACGGAGGAGUCAAGUUCAGUACCAACUACCGAGGAGUCAAGUUCAGUACCAACUACGGAGGAGUUAAGUUCAGUACCAACUACCGAAGAGUCAAGUUCAGUACCAACUACCGAGGAGUCAAGUUCAGUACCAACUACUGACGAUUCAAGUUCCUUGCCAACUACGGACUAUUCAAGUUCUCCGCCAACUACUCACGAUUCAAGUCUCCCGCCAACAACGGAUGACUCGAGUUCCCCGCCAACAACAGACGACUCAAGUUACCCGCCAACUACUGACGAUUCAAAUUCCCCGCCAACUACUGACGACUCAAGUCCCCCGCCAACUACGAACUAUUCCAGUUCUCCGCCAACAACGGAUGAUUCAAGUUCCCCGCCAACUACGGGCGAUUCAAGUUCCUCGCCAACUAUGGAAGAUUCAAACCCAGCGCCCACUGAUUCAAGUCCACUGCCAACUACUGAAACCCCUGAUGAUUCAAGUUCAAAUCCAACUACGGACGAUUCGAAUCCCCCGUUAACUACAACGACAUAUCCCGGCCCAUUUCCCUAUCCUUGCAAGAGAGAGGGAUACUUUUCUAUUAGAAGUGGAGAAGAAAAAGCAAAAUAUUGCCCGCGUGUAAAUAAUCCAAGGUGUGACUUUGUCCUUUGCUCGUGGUAUCCUUUCUACGCCAGGUUCUACCGAGUUUUCUACCGCUGCCCACAGGAUACUAUGGCACCUUAUGUCAAUGAUUUCAAUUUUGACGAGGAAAAACAAACUUGUGUAAAGGCUCCUUAAUUGUGCAUGCUUAUCCUGAUAAUUAUCUGGAUAAGGUUGUUUUGGAGGUGUAAUCUAAUGAUAAGCAAAAGUAACCUAUUAAGUAUUUAUUAAAAAAUAUUCCAUUUUUCUUGUUCACAUUAACUGGAAUACGUGGGCAUUAUUAUUGUUCCUUCAUAUUGAGUCUUAAUGUUGAACAGCAAACAGUCCGAUAGUGUAGUCUGAUAUAAUGUGUAACACAAUUUCAUGAAACGACUAAUCUUAUCUUGUUAAAUAAAUUAUUCUACUACAAAUAA